CGUCCCCACUAUGGCGGCGUCCAUGCAGCCCACCGCGUCGUGGGCGCCCGCCGGGGUCCCCCGCGGCUGUCGCCGUCGCCUUCGCCGUCGCCUCCGUCUUCCCGCCCCGCGUGGGGCUGGGCGCCGUCUGCCCCUGCUUCCCUCUCCGCUGCGGUCAUGUCGGAAAUUGUAAAUCAUGUGAAGAUGGGACUCUUGGUAUUUGUGCGCAAUCUGCUGCUAGCCCUUUGCCUCUUUUUAGUACUGGGAUUUUUGUAUUACUCUGCAUGGAAGCUACACUUACUCCAAUGGGAGGACUCCAAUUCAGUGGUUCUUUCCUUUGACUCCGCUGGACAAACUCUAGGCUCAGAGUAUGAUCGGUUGGGCUUCCUCCUAAAGUUGGACUCUAAACUGCCUGCUGAGUUAGCCACCAAGUACGCAAACUUUUCAGAGGGAGCUUGCAAACCUGGCUAUGCUUCAGCCCUGAUGACUGCCAUCUUCCCCAGGUUCUCGAAGCCAGCACCCAUGUUCCUAGAUGACUCCUUUCGAAAGUGGGCUAGGAUCCGGGAGUUUGUGCCACCUUUUGGGAUCAAAGGUCAAGACAAUCUCAUCAAAGCCAUCCUGUCAGUCACCAAAGAGUACCGCCUGACUCCUGCCUUGGACAGCCUCCGCUGCCGCCGCUGCAUCAUCGUGGGCAAUGGAGGUGUCCUUGCCAACAAGUCUCUGGGGUCACGAAUUGAUGACUAUGACAUUGUGGUCAGACUGAACUCUGCACCAGUGAAGGGCUUUGAGAAGGACGUGGGCAGCAAAACAACCCUGCGCAUCACAUAUCCUGAGGGCGCCAUGCAGAGGCCUGAGCAAUAUGAGCGUGAUUCUCUCUUUGUCCUCGCUGGCUUCAAGUGGCAAGACUUCAAGUGGCUGAAGUACAUCGUCUACAAGGAGAGAGUGAGUGCAUCAGAUGGCUUCUGGAAAUCUGUGGCCACUCGAGUGCCCAAGGAGCCUCCAGAGAUUCGCAUCCUCAACCCGUAUUUCAUCCAAGAGGCCGCCUUCACCCUCAUCGGACUGCCGUUCAACAAUGGCCUCAUGGGCCGGGGGAACAUCCCGACCCUUGGCAGUGUAGCAGUGACCAUGGCACUACACGGCUGUGAUGAGGUGGCUGUCGCAGGCUUUGGCUAUGACAUGAGCACACCCAAUGCACCCCUGCACUACUAUGAGACCGUGCGCAUGGCAGCCAUCAAAGAGGUUCGGGCCUGGGCUUGGGGGCAUUCCUCGGCAGAGCCAAGGGAGGGGGCUUCCAGCACAGAGGACAGGUUCUGACUGCAU